CACCGCUGACUCUGUAGCCUCACCGUCAGCCUGGCGGAGUCCCGGCCCGUUCACUUACUGAACACCCUCCCAGGUAUAUUAGGAGGUCAUCGUCCGGGAACCUGGGAUGUGGCCUGGGCUGCACGCAACCCGCCGGGCCAGUCUGACUGAGCCCGUCCUAGGCCCCCAUCUCGUGUCUGUCUGUCUGGAGGCCUUGUGAGCCCUGGUCGCUCAUUGGAUGCCUUGGGUGCGUCUGGAAUGUCUGGAAGGAACGGUCAGUGCUGUUGUCCUGAAGUUACAGGAGACGUCGCGGUGUCUGAGGAGGAGCCGCCUCCCCAGUCCCUGUGCCAGGAGAGCAGGGCCAGGGCGUGGGCCCGCCCUGCUGGGCAGGGGCUCUGCGUCUCUGAGGGCCUGGCACCCUGGCCCCGUGGAGCCGUGCUGGGAGACAGGCUUGGGCCGUAUCCUCUCCAGGGGAGCGGAAGAGCGCCUGGCUCCCGGCCUGUAGCCAGGCUCAGGCAGAGCCUGAGGUCAGGGCUGGGAGGCCCGCCCCUGGCUGAGGCUCUCAGGGUCCUCGCCUCGAGUCUGCCCCCUGCCGUGAGUGCCCUGUCCCCUACGGUGGACUCUGUGACCCUGGGCCUCAGUCUUCUGAUUGCAGGUGAAAGCGCUGGCAGCCCCGCGUGCUUAUUCCCCGCCACGCACACCCUGAGCAGCCAGCCCGACGCCAGAGCGCUGGGAGCCUGCGGUGCAGACGCACGGCCGCGGUCUCUCCCUCUGCGGGCGCCCUCCCACCUCCCGCCUGGGAGCAAAGUAGCCCUCAGAGCGGCCCGGGCCCCGCGCCCCGAGACAGGCUUCAGCGUCGGCAGCCCCCGUGACCCCUGAGCCCCUCCCGCACCAGCGUCGCAGCCCGGGUUCUGUGCACGUGCCCCUGGGCCCGUGUCUUCACUCACCCGGCCUUGAAGAGCAACCCAGGGCCCUCCUCCGAGGAGCCAGGAGGUUGUCUCUGCUGGGGUCACCUGGCGCGGCCACACAGCCUCCCACUGGCUUUGGGAGCUCAGCCAGGUGCAGUGGGCGUGGGUGGCCCUGAGGUCCUGUCUGCGGAGCCCGUCAGCCCCUGAACAGCAGGCAAGCUCAUCCAGCCCGGGGGACGCUUGGUCACUCGGCUAGGUGGUGAGCCCUCAUGAGGGGCUGCCGGCGCUGCCCUGGGUGGGGGCCUGGACUGGCCACAGCCUGGCCUGUGGAAGCGGGGACAGCAGGCCUGGCAGCCGGAGCCCAGGGAGGGAUGAGGCAGGCUCACUGCUGAGCCCGGGGGGCCCAGGAAGCCUGACUCUGCAGCCUGGGCUCUGACACAGACUUGUUCUCACUCCUCUGUGGUUGCU